AUGUGGUUGUCGCUGUUUCUGUUCGUGUAUAACGUUUGCAACGGUGUAGGCGCAGUUGUCGUUGGACAAUGUUGUAGAAAACGUGGCGUGACGGAGACAUGUACGCGGAUGCUGUGUAAUCCCCAGAAUCCACCCAAUGAUUUUGAUGUUUACAAUAUUUUUGAACGAAAAUUGAAUUGUCAACCGUAUAUGAAUGCAAUCUCGGAAUGCUUGGCUGAUGGUCGUGACCAUACUCAUUGCUGUAUGAGUGAAGCGAAAGAUCGUGAUGAAAAUGCUUGUUUUGGUAUGUGUCGUGGUGAAGGUAUCGAUGGUAUUGCAGAGUGGGAUAAGUACCAGACCUGUUUAGCCAUCAAUUUGCAUCCCAUGUUUCGUUGCUUCGAGCGUGGCUAUUUGAAUAUUCCCACAUCACCUCUAUCGUUACAUAUCGUUUCUAAGAGCACGGAUGGUGUCGUUCUCUCCUGGUCACCACCAGCAGUUAAUUCAAAUCUUGCUGAAUCGUAUCAAGUUAUCUGUAAAGAAGCUGAUAGUGGUUUCAUCGAAAAAACCAUCAAUACUCGAAGUUACAAGGUUACACUCACAAGUUUACGCGCUGAAAGCAAAUAUUCAGUACACGUCAUUGCAGUGACUCGUGAUGGACGCUACCGAUCAUUACCUUCCGAGACAGUCCACUUUUGCACGGCUGGAGUAGCACUUAGGGUUGUCGCAUAUCGUGAAACUGUUUUCAUUCCCGGGGAUGCAUCGUCGGUAACAAUUGCUUGCCGAAUGGAAAUGCCCGGUACCACUCAUAUAAGUGCUCAGUUUGAAUGGAAGAAAAUGCAUGAUAUAAACGGUCAUUAUGAGGAGAUCGGAGGAGACAAGUACAGCUUCACGAAUUAUAUUUCGUCCCAUGAGCAUCCACGGCAUUAUGUUUCUGCUCUCCAAAUCAGAUUCCUGAAACAAUCGGAUCUCGGCAUCUAUCGCUGCAUUGCAACCAACGAUUUCGGUAGUUCCAGUGCUGAUAUUCGAGUUGCACACCGUGUGCUAACCUCAGUAAUGCCGGUACCACCGGAAUCACCAUACAUGUGUUGUCAGCGUUUAGGAAUUCGAUCACCGUGUAUUGCGGUAUGUGGUUCUGAAUUUGGUAAACAUGCCGCUCUACGGGCCGAAUCAUUCAUCAACAGCCACUGUGAGGAUGAAAUAAGCAAAUUUCUUACUUGUACGACAGCAGGUGUUGAUGAAGGUGCCUGUUGUUUACGAAACAAAGUCCCUGGUAUCUGUUUACCACUUUGCGAUGGCUUUCAAAUGAAUAAAUUGAAUGCUAUCCCACAUGUAUGCGCUGCAUUUACGUUUUCCAUAUUUCAAUGUCGAAUAGAAAAUGCGAAUAAUCGACCAGCUACAGUAUCUGGCUUAAAGGCUGUUCAAAAUCCGGAUGGUGAUUUAUUAUUACGCUGGGACUUAACGCCACGUGCAGAUAUAUAUCAUGUUUAUUGGAAGCGUAAAUUUUCAACAAACUGGGAACUGAGUUCUGUUGUAACAACCAGUAAACGUAUUUUUGAUAAUGCUGCAAAUGAUAUAGCUGAAAUUGUCGUGGUAGCAUCAAACAGUUUCGGUAAUGCUCAUCCAGUGCGGUUAAUUCAUAGUGAUGAUGAUAAGUGGACCGCUUCAUACAAUUUCCAGUUCUGA